GUCUCCGUCGUGGUCCCGGCGCUCAACGAGGAGGCUGUGAUCGGAUCGACGCUCAAACACCUCGCGUCGCUCGACCCGCAGCCGCUGGAGGUGAUCGUCGCCGUGGGGGACUCCAGCGACGGCACCGCGUCCAUCGCGCAGUCGCUCGGCGCGGUGGUCGUGUCGAACGGCGCCCGCGGCCGAUCGCGGCAGAUGAACGCGGGGGCGCUUCGAGCCAACGGCGACGUCCUGAUCUUUCUCCACGCGGACACCCAGCUUCCGACGGACGCCGUGAACGUGGCGCGGCGACAGCUGUGCGCGGGGAAGAGGACGCAGCGAACCGUGCUCGGAGGGUUCGUGUCCUUAAUCACCGUCCCGGAGCGGGAUAAGACGUACUGGUUCCUCUCGACGCACAACGUCGCCAAGACUUUUUACACCGUCUUGGCGUUUCGACCCAAGUCGUUCAUCUUGGGUCUCAGGUGCCUGUUCGGGGACCAGGCCAUGUUCUGCCGCAGGAGGGACUUCGAGUACGUCGGGGGUUUCGACGAGAACCUGCCGAUAAUGGAGGACGCGGACCUGUGCGUUCGCAUGCACACCGCCGGGCCGGUGGUGCUCGUGAACCGGGUGGUGACGACGUCGGGUCGACGGAUCGAGGACUUGGGCGGGAACUUGAAGGCGACGUUCGUGCACUUUCUCAUCGGGUUCAGCUGGUACCUCGGCGCGUCACCGGAGAGGAUGGUGGAGAUUUAC